AUGGCUGUUCGAUACCUCAAUGUCAUUAUCAUCGGAGCUGGUAUCGCGGGACUGACAGCUGCGCUGGCACUCGCGCAAACCGGUCACUCAGUGACGAUACUAGAGAGUGUGUCCCGAAUCGCUGAGAUUGGGGCGGGCAUACAACUGGCGCCUAAUGCAUCACGUAUUCUCCAGAGGCUUGGGAUUUUAGAAGAGGUAAUGAAGGAGACCUCUGUGCUCUCUCGCGUCAGUAUUAGGCGAUAUGACAGCGACGAGGAACUAAACUCGGCACCGUUGAUGCCCUCUAUUGGAGACCGGUAUGGGGCACCGAUGGGUGUCAUCCACCGGGGAGACUUACAGCGUAUCCUCUUUGCUGCUAAGAAGAGCGGGUGUCAAGUUCUGACAUCUCAGACUGUGAUGGCCGCGGAUUCAAGCUUUUCUCCUCGGUUGCAAGUCCGAGACAACAGAACGGGGAUGACUUCUUGGUUCCUGGACGAUGUCGUUCUCGCGGCCGAUGGCAUUCAAUCGACGCUGAGGAAACAAAUGGCCUUAACAGGUGGCCACAAGGACCAACCAACACCUACAGGAAACGCGGCCUACCGGUUACUGAUCCCCCGGAAGCGGAUCCAACAUGAUGAAAUGUUGCUGAAAAUGUUGGAUCAAGACGUAGCAAUGCGAUAUAUGGGUCCUGGUGGACACAUCAUGGCCUAUCCCGUUAUGCGGAAUACAGUCUACAAUAUAGUUCUUUUGCAUCCUGCAAAGGCUACGACCAAAAUCGCGGACAACGCAUGGACGACCAAGGGUAGCCGCAAAGAGAUGAUGGCUUUCUACUCCAGCUGGUCACCUGCCAUCAGCGCGUGGCUAGAGUAUGCCGACGACGAGAUACUGGAAUGGACUCUGAAUACGUAUCCGCCGCUACCAUCAUGGGUCCAGGGUAGCGUGGCGCUGAUUGGCGAUGCUUGCCAUCCUAUGCUUCCAUAUGUGGCUCAAGGAGCGGCAAAUGCUAUGGAAGAUGCUGCCGUACUCAUGACAGCCUUCACCUACACCUCAGAUGUCGCGUUGUCACUGCGCAUUUAUGAGGCUGUGAGAAAAGAGCGAGCUGAGAAGAUUGCAGCAAGUGCGGCAGCCACGGGCAAGAGUCUCCACCUUCUUGACGGGCCGGAACAGCAAAAGAGAGAUGAGGCCAUUCGAAAUGCCGGCAAAGUGAAUCCGGAGAAGAAUGAUGAUCAUGCGGAUAAAUGGCGGGACGCCUCAUGGCAGGAUUACAUGUGGCGAGUAGACGUGAUGCGUGAGACGGUCGCGAAGUGGGAGGAGCUGACGGGGGCGCGGGUGAAGCAACCGACUCCGAGAUAUAAAAUGCUGUCGGGAUAUGGCACGGACCAUGUUGCGACGAUGAAGGCGCCUUCGCUGUUCGGAGCCUUCUACGGCACAUUCUUCGUGACUCUAGCUAUCGCUUUAGUUGCAUUAUUGUUCGUCCCCCCCGCCGAUGCCUUCCAUCAGGCCAUCAAGAACGGUCAAAAAUGGAUUGCGGUCGUCAUAGUGGUCGGCUACGCUAUGACCGUUGCUGUUGGGAUUUUCCUCUACUCCUCUCGACUUUAUACCAACAAAAGAGUUCUUGAAGGCAUACCGAAGACAUAUAUACCGGUGGAUAAAGGGGAUGUGACGAAGAACGUCAGGAAAAUGGUUGUCGCGAGUCUGACCAGAAGUGCUGUGAUAGCAUGGGACUCCAGGCCUCGUGUUUCCCCACAACCAGCAACCAUGGUCUCCGGGCCAGAUGCCCGAGAUUCGAUUGUAAAGGCUCCCGAGCCAGAAUCCGAAGAUAAGACGGGCCGAGGCUUUUUGCGCAGGCAUCUCACACAACCUGAAGAGGAACCAACUGUCGCUAUUCCACCUCGGAGUCCAUUUUGGGGAAACAUUGCUCACAAUGGAUGGGCCUCGCCCGCCUCGCCUGACUUACCAAACUUACAAUACACUGCAGUAAUCUUAGAAUUACCACAUCUAAUAGAAGCAAGGGCUGUCUCCUUAGCACCACCGGAUCCAGAAUCAACUACCGAGCCAGCACUACCCGACAUCAGAGCAGUGGACCUGCUACAAAGACCAGCUUCCAUGGGCCUUCGAGAUUACAUCGGCCACUUAGUAACCAUUGGCGUGCUAACGUCGCCUUCGACAGCCACAGACUUCCUCUCCACGUAUGAAUAUGCAAGGUUCGGGGGACGACCACUCAACGAAGAACAAUUCCGCGACCUGAUGAAGCAAUUUGCCGAGGUCCUUCGCACUAUGUCCGCACUCAGUCCCGCCGCCCUGUCAAGUCUAGAUAUCGAAGAAGACAGCGACGUCGACGACGAUGCGUCCCCCAGUAGCACACCCGUGACCCCACGGAGUCGCUCCCUAGCAUCCUCCCGCAGCUUCACCAGCCUCAGUGGAAGCGAAGGCACCAUCCGCACGGCUCUGUCAAGACGCGUAGGCACUCUUGCGUCAACAAGACGGUCUGACUUUACUACCGCGCCUGCGACGCCGAGGAGUAGAAAGCGCGUUGUGUCACGGUCGCCAAGUAUGAACAGCUUUGCGCAGAGUAGGAGGACGUGGAAUGCGGGGUGCGACUCUUCGAGCUCGAGUUUACGAUCUUCAAGCAGUGUGAUCAAACUCAGCAGGACGAACGAGGAUGGGGGGUUACCUUAUACGCUCAAUGUACCUGGGGCGCGAUAA